AACAUGAAUAACCUUGAUCUUCUUUCUAUGCCCUUCCAACACAAAUAGUUAUUUCUAUAAAGAAUUAGGUAUUAUAUAUCUUAUAUAUUUAUACAUAUAUUGCUUUUCAUUUGCCUGAAGACCAUGCAUAACAAUUACCGAAGGAUGCAAAGAAAUAACAACGGAAUGCAUCCAGCAUGUGCGGCAUGCAAACAUCAAAGGAAGAAAUGCAGUGAGAAUAAUUGCAUAUUAGCCCCUUAUUUUCCAGCAAAUAGAAGCCGUGAGUUCCAUGCAGUGCACAAAGUUUUUGGUGUUAGCAACAUAACUAAGUUAGUGAAGAGUGCAAAGGAAGAAGAUCGAAGAAGAGUUGUUGACUCAUUAAUUUGGGAAGCAUGUUGUAGGCAAAGAGACCCUAUUCAUGGUCCUUAUGGAGAGUACACAAAAGUUUACAAUGAGUAUAAGAAAGUGUUUAAUGAACUUAAGAUAUUUAGGGGCCAAAAUACUAAUACUAAUCCUAAUAAUAAUAAUCAUCAUCAUCAACUAUUGCAAAUGCCAUUACCAUCAUCUCAUCAUCAAGGACUAAAAUCCGUACAAGAUUUGAUUAUGUGCAAUAAUAAUAAUAAUAAUACUAAUAAUGGGAAUAAAGGGAAACACAAAGGUGAAGAAGUUGAUAGUAAUAAUACUAAUAAUAACAAUAAUGGUAAAAACUCAUUGGAAUAUCAUCAUGUUCAUCAUGAUGAGAACAAGAAUGAGAUUAUGGACUCUUCUACUACUAUUUAUAAUGCAUAUUGUUCAAAUUAUUUGCAUGAUUUGGAUAAUAUGAUGAGGCAGGAGGUUGUCAUCCCAUUUCAGCAGCACUCUCAAACAUACUAUAUUACAGGUAAUCAAUUCAAUAAUUGAAAAACAAGAACAUGGAGGAUGGCCUAUGUGUGAUCGAUGGCAGAUAUGUAAUGGCAAUAAAGGAUCUAGAUUCUUUUCUGAUUACAGGUUUUCUUGUACAAACCAAUGAACCUUGAUGGGCUAUGACAUGCAGAAAUGAUGUUUACAAUUAUUUCUAUCUUUUA